AUGGAUUUGAAGAGGGUGGCGAUGUCGGAUACGAUCAAGCCAGAAUUUGUGUCGACGUUGUUUGAAUGUCCUCCAAGCUACGUCCUAGUUGCGCAACUGGGCAUGGUGAGAGGAAUCACUGUCAGAAGUCGAAAUGUCGUAGCAGCUAUAGGCGGAGUACUCAAAGCAGCUGUUGGAGGCUCCAUAGAAACAUUCAGGACGCUUUGCGAGGAUGCCAGGCAAGAGGCUUAUAAUGUUAUGGUGGAUCACGCAUUUGCCUUGGGAGCGAAUGCAAUACUUGGUGUCAGAUACGGGAACACGGAUAUCUCACCUGGAAUCGCGGAAAUGUUAUGCUACGGAACAGCGGUCCGUAUCGAGCCACGCCCUACCUAA